UUUUAUAUCAUGUAUAGACCUAUUCUUUGAUCAUUUAUUUGGUCAUCCUUGCCCUAGACUUGCCUUUAAAAAUGAUCCUUAGCUUUCUUUUAACACCCUCCUCCUCCUCCUCCAUCUCCACCACCACCAAUAUUUCUUUCUCUUUCUCUUUUCUCUUAAUAUCAAAUUACCCUAUAAUCAGAAAUAUAGCUUUAUAGUUGAAUAAUGAAGGCAGGAUAUGAAGUGGUUAAUGGGGCUAUUGACAUGAUGCAAACCCAUGAAGCAUGGGAUUAUGGUAGCUCUGUUGGGUUUCAAGCUGCUGCCGCUUCCAACUCUUUUCCGAAACAAGUAGUUACGAAUUUGGAGAGGAAUGAACUCUCUGAAUGGGUUGAACAUGUCACCAGACAGCUAAUUGAUGACAUGCCUGAUACGCCAAGUGAUCACAGCUUGCAAACAGACACCGCCAUGGUCUGUAAUGAAGACAGUAGCAAUAACAAUGUUGUCCCGUCACUCUUGACGAGUGAUUCCAGACCAAGAAAAGCUCUGAAGAGAAGUCAUUUUGAUGGGGCAUAUAGCAUUCAUGAGGAAGAGUUACAAUGGAGUAAUAUUGAGCUUGGAAACCAAAUACGCAUCAAUGAAAAUGGAGCAAGCAACGGUAGAGGUUUGAGUAGGAUAGAUGAGCAUGGGUUAAAUCUCAUAAGCCUUCUUUUUGAAUGUGCUGUUGCCAUAUCAGUUGAUAAUCUUGGUGAAGCUCAUAGAAUGUUGCUUGAGCUAACUCAAAUGGCUUCUCCUUAUGGUCCUUCUUGUGCUGAAAGGGUUGUUGCCUAUUUUGCCAAAGCCAUGGCUAGUAGGGUUAUCAACUCAUGGUUAGGUAUUUGUUCUCCUCUGAUCAACCACAAAACUGUUCAUUCUGCCUUUCAAGUCUUCAACAAUGUCUCUCCUUUCAUUAAAUUUGCACACUUCAUCUCUAACCAAGAAAUUCUUGAAGCUUUUCAACGUCGUGACAGGGUUCACAUUAUCGAUCUUGAUAUUAUGCAAGGUCUGCAAUGGCCAGCGCUGUUUCACAUCCUGGCUACAAGAAUGGAAGGUCCGCCACAUAUUAGAAUGACUGGUAUGGGUACUUCAAUGGACUUAUUAGUAGAGACAGGGAAACAGCUUUCCAAUUUCGCUAAGCGGCUCGGUCUAUCAUUCGAGUUCCAUCCCAUUGCAAAGAAAUUUGGUGAGAUUGAUGUGUCAAUGGUGCCACUAAGGAGAGGUGAAACACUGGCUGUGCACUGGCUACAGCAUUCACUGUACGAUGCAACAGGGCCUGAUUGGAAAACGAUGAGACUGCUUGAAGAACUAUCACCAAGAAUCAUGACAUUAGUUGAGCAAGACAUUUCUCAUGGUGGGUCAUUCUUAGAUCGCUUUGUAGGUUCUCUUCACUACUACUCAACAUUGUUUGAUUCGCUUGGUGCAUUUUUGCCCUGCGAUGACUCAAGUAGACACCGGGUGGAGCACUGCCUUCUCUACAGAGAAAUCAACAAUGUAUUGGCGAUAGGAGGGCCUGCAAGAAGUGGGGAAGACAAGCUGAGACACUGGAGAAGUGAGCUCGCAGCAAGAAGUACUUCAUUUAUGCAGGUACCAAUGAGUGGAAACUCCAUGGCUCAAGCACAACUUAUACUGAACAUGUUCCCUCCUGCUCAUGGCUAUAGUCUUGCACAAGGUGAGGGAGCAUUGAGGCUUGGAUGGAAAGACACUAGCUUGUUCACUGCUUCUGCUUGGACUUCACUUGCUUCUAGAUAGAAUUAGUUUUAGAUUUAGUUUGAUAUAUUUCUGUUGCAUGCAUGCAUGUAUAUGGAAUUCAUCAAGUGCUCUAUAUAUAUAUAGAGAGAGUGUAAUCUAGCUGCUUGAUCAAACCAAUUAAUGUAACUAAUUAAAUCCUACUGA